UCUUGUUCCCAUUAGAAGUACUUGGAAAAUUACUACAGCUUUACGAAAGAUGGAGAAUCUUUCAUUUGGAAAACUAACAGUGCAAUGGCCAAAAAAAUAAAAGAAAUGCAGGAAUUCUUUGGGCUGGAGGUGACAGGAAGACCAGAUUCCAGCAUUUUGGACCUAGUGCAGAAACGUCGCUGUGGAUUCCCUGAUGUAGCUGGGUUCUCCACCUUUGCAGGAGAGCCAAAAUGGGCAAAACAAGUUCUGACAUACAGAAUAUUAAACUACACACCAGACUUACGCCCAGCAGAUGUCAAUGCAGCCAUCAAGAAAGCAUUCAGCAUUUGGAGCAGUGUGACCCCACUAAAAUUCAUCAAGAGGGACAGAGGUGAUGCAGACAUAAUGAUCUCCUUUGCAACUGGAGGUCACAAUGACUUCAUCCCUUUUGAUGGCCCAGGAGGGUCUGUUGCUCAUGCCUAUGCACCCGGCAAGGACUUUGGUGGAGAUGCACACUUUGAUGAGGAUGAAACCUGGACCAAAAGCACAGAAGGUGCAAACUUGUUUUAUGUGGCUGCCCAUGAGUUUGGACAUUCACUUGGACUUUUCCAUUCCAAAGAGCCCAGUGCUCUAAUGUACCCAAUUUAUAGGAAAUUUGACCCUUCAGUCUUCCCUCUUCAUCAGGAUGAUAUUAAUGGCAUUCAGUCCCUCUAUGGGCCUUCUCCUAACACCUCUAAUGACCAAAAAGAUUCUGCUGAGAUAAAGGAUCCAACUGAGUCAAAAGAACCUGUACUGCCAAACUCCUGUGGCCCUGAUUUAACUUUUGAUGCAGUCACCACUUUCCGUGGGGAGAUAAUAUUCUUUAAAGACAAGCAUUUUUGGCGCAAGCAUCCUGCAGUCAGAGAAGUUGAUUUUGAUUUGGUAUCCUUAUUCUGGCCACGGCUGCCAUCUGGUGUUGACGCUGCAUGUGAAAUUCCUGAGGAAGACAAAAUUCUCCUCUUCAAAGGGAAUGAAUUCUGGGUUGUGACAGGAGAAAUCAUACCACCUGGAUACCCACAAAAACUCUACGUCCUUGGAUUUUCAAAGGAUGUUGCCAAAAUUGAUGCUGCUUUUUACGACAGAAAUAAGGGGAAAGCAUAUUACUUCACAGCAGACAAAUUUUGGAGUUAUGAUAAAAGAAAUCAGUCCGUGGACAGGAAGCCAAGACUGAUAAAAGAUGCAUUUCCAGGAAUUAAUGCGAACAUUGAUGCUGUUUUUCAAUAUGAAAACUUCCUUUAUUUCUUUCAAGGAAGAAAGCAAUUUGAGUUUGACCCUGAUAAGAAGAGAGUAACACGCCUGCUAAAGACAAACUUCUGGUUCUCUUGUUAAGAAAAGAUGUUGUACUCUUCUGAGAUAUACUUUGAGACCUGGACUCCUAGCUGAUACAGUCAUUGUUUGUGGCGCACUCAAACCAAGGUCUUCAGUAAAUGGUUUCGUCAAUUUCUUGUGUAUUUCUACAUAUGCCAGAUUUCUAGCCUGUUUGCAUCAAGAUUGGAUGAAGAUGAAAUUCUCUUCACAAGGAACAAGAUAAUCAUGUGAUUCUUCCUCCUAUAGAAUUCAGAUAACAAAAAAAUGAGUUUAUUUUCUUUAAUAGAAAUGUGUGUAUUUUUCUUCAAUGAUUUCAUUUGUUUUUGUUGUCACUACCUUGUUCUGGAAGAUAUUUUUUCUAUA